CGCGCGCGCACCGGCCCCGGCCCCGCCCCGCGCCAUGGCGGCGCCGUGGCUCAGCCGGUGACAGCGGGAGGGCGAGGCCGCUCUCUCCCUCCCCAGCAGCGGCCCGGGCUGUCAUGCAGGACCCUACCCCGGAAGGUGCCGGCGGUGGCGGCGCCCGCCCCGACGAGGAGAGGCGGGGGGCGGCGGCGGCGGGGGGUCUGGCGAGCGGCGGGGCCUCCUGGCUGCAGCGGCUCUUUGAGGAAGUGCGGGGCUCCUCCCAGCUAAGCAUGGCCCCCGCGGAGCCGCCGCCCCUCACGGUGGCGGCGGUCGAGCGGUACCUGGCCGAGGCGCCGCCGCCGCCCGCCGCCGCCGCCCCGCAGUACUGGUACGACGUGACGCUGGCGGACGGUGCGUGCCAGCAGCGCUGCUACCUAGCGCCGCGCCUCAACGGCCUGGUGCAGCGCGCGCAGCUGCGGGCCGGCGCGCGCCUGCGCCUCAGGCGCUGCUCGUACCUGUACGACGAGAAGCGGCUCCGGUACGGCUUCGUCUGCCUGGAGGAGCUGGAGCCGGCGGGGGGCGGCGGCGGGACAGACCCCCCUGCCCCGCCCCGCCGCCCCCGCCACUGCCCGCCGCCCCUCCGCGGCGAGAAGAAGCACUACCUGCCGCUGUGGAACAACGAGGAUCCCUACGGGGACAUGUGGGUGGUGGACAAGCCCCAGGCGCAGGUGGACGUCGACGUCUCCAAGCUGACUUCUCUUGGUCAGCUGGAAAUGAUCUGGAGAAGCAGAGCUCACUUCCAUCCACUUCUUGUGAGAGUCCUGCACAAAUCUAGACUAAGGUACUACGGAAAACCAGAGAAAAAACUGGAUAUGCCUUAUCAGGCUUACUUUGAAGUUGCUGAUAGUUCAGGCAUGAUGUCAAUGGUUUUGUGGAAUUCAUUAUGUCCUGAAUGGUAUAACAGUAUAAAGGUUGGCACGGUACUUCUUCUUGAACAGUAUGCUAUCAAAACCAGUUACCCAUUUAAAACACAGCCAACCCCAGGGGAUUCACAGAUGAAGAGAUUUGCUACAAUUGAAAUCAGCCUUAAUGUUCGAGACCCUCCUACUAAAAUAAGUAUUAUUCCAGAAGAAAUGGUUAAACCAGAUUGGGGAUUGCCUGAAGUUAAAUAUCGGUUUAUUACAAGGUCAGAACUGGAUGACUUACCAAACAAUCAUUCCUGUGAUGUUAUUGGUCUUGUGACGUUUGUAGGAAGAGCUGAACGAGCAAGAAAGAGAGAACAUGGUGAAGACUUCUGGCUGUAUCGUUGGGCACAUGCCAUUGAUGGGACCUCAGACCAACCAUUCAUACUGGAAUUAUUUGCGACUUCUCAGCCAGAAGUGUUUGAACAUAUUCACCCAAUGACGUAUUUGGUGUGUACCCAGAUGAGAGUGGUACGGGACCUCACUGAGAAUCCUUCCAGCACAAUUUACCUUACGACUUCAAAUGAAAGUCAAAUAUUCAUUACAGGGUGGCACAAGGGCCAGCCGUACACCAAGGAUACCAAAGUGAAAAACUUCAUUCAGUGGACUAAAACACAAAGUGAAGCUGAUCAAAUGAAGAAAACUGUCAUUGGCGGCUAUUAUCCUUUUCCACGACCUCCAAAUAACUUUUUGAAAUAUUGCAAAAACAAUAAAGUUGAGUCAGUUUUGAAAGCUAUAGGUGAAACGGGGAAAGAGAUUGAAGACUUGCACUACAGAGAGCACAAGCGCAUUGCUGUUCAAGGAAUAAUUAGUGCUAUAAGAUACAUCAGCUGUAGCAGUGUGGCUGAAGAAGCCUCGGGAAUGCAACUUGUUCAGAAAGAUACUUCAAAGAUUCUUGAAAGUUCUGCUAUGUCCAAGGAAGACUCUGUUCACAAGGGAAAAAACACCAGCCUUCAAACUGAAGAAGUUAAGUCUUCUCUGGGGCCACAUUGCCCUCCUGGGGAACAACAUCAGCACCAAACUGUAUUGUCAAAAAAGAGUUCAGUUAAGAGAAAGAUACCACGCAGAUCAAAUACAAAUGGAGAAAAGGGAAGUGCAUCUGUUACUCCUGUAUCAUCUUACCCCUAUUUCACACGGUCUGCAAGAAGAAAAUUUGGCUUGAGUGAAUUUCAACAUGAAGAGUUUGUGCAAGAUAAAAAUGGACAGGCUGUAUCAGACAGUGUACAGUACAGCACAGAUCGAGAAGGAAUGAAUGAUAUGCCCGAAACUGCAGAGACUGGAAGAAGUUGUGAUUCAUGGCAGAGUGACCUGUGGGCACACGUGAAAGACAAGUUAACGAAGUAUUUGCAUCACAGUACAAUUUUCGCAGAAAGCAUCCCACGUAAAUUUGAUUAUGUGCACAAAGACUUGCUAAUGCAACAGUACAAUCUUCAUGCAGCAGUGCACCAACCAAAAGAAACCAGAACUGAUAAAAAUAUCAACGAGUUUAAAAGUGCCAGUGGCCUUGGGUAUUAUGAAGUGACAGUUCUGGGUAUAAACCACGAUAUAGCAAUAGAUGUUGCGUUUCUUCCACUGUUUUGUCCUGAAGAUCCCCACUUAUUUCAACUAGAAGACAUUCAAAAUGAUACAUUAUUAUCUUGUAUGAGUUGCAUCUCUUCAUGUCAGCAGAAGGCCACUAGCAACGGAAGGCUUUGUGACAUGUUUCCACUUUCAAAUGAAAUCGUAAAAGCAGCGAUGGAUCUAGAUGGCAAACAUGUUGUCUGCAUCUUGGACAUCUGUCACUUGGGUGAUGAUAAGGUAGAAGUCUUUCUAAGCAAAAUCUACAAGACUGUGGAACAACCUGGUGUGGACCCAGUGGAAUCCAGUAAGUGGUGUUUGAAGUUUUUCAUGGCAAAAGCCAGGAAGGAGAGAUAUUUACUCUUGCAGAAUGAAGUGCCAAUGUCAGAAGCACAGGCUCUCUGUGUAGAGCUCGAGAAAAUUCAAUGCUUGUAGCAGGCUUGGAAUUUCAAUACUCUGGGUCAUUCUGUAGAAGCACUUACCGCAUCCCCGAAAGUUACGCCAAACUUAAUAUGCUGACUUUAGUUUCUGAAGUGUUGCAGUGUUAAUACGUGGUUCCGGUGAAGGUCCUUUCUGCAAAGAAACUACUGUUUUAUUUCACUUGGUGUGUAUUGACACAAGUAUAAAACCAAAGUAUUUUUGAUCCUGAACCUGAAACACAUUAAUUUUGUCAUGUUAAACCGAGAUACAGAGUCUUUACUCCUGAAAAAUGUUGUCUGUCUUGCUGCCGUGUAUUGCCGUUGCUGAGGGUAAAAUACUAUCAGAGCACAUUCCCUAACUGUAGAAUUCACACACAACCAAAAUCUGAAAUCUUACAUUUGCAUGUUUCUUUUGUUUCCAGCAUUAAUUUCAAAGAAAAAUAGAAGAAGGUAAACUUUUGUAGCUAAUGGUACUUUUGAUUGUAUAAAACUUACUAAGUCAUAGAUCUCAGAGGUAAGAUCAGUUUUGAAUUAAUGUGAUGUAGAACUAGUACAACACUGAAGA